AUGGCGCAUUUCUUGGUCAUGGCCAGCCUGGUCGGGGCCCCCGUCGCCGCCGGCCCCGCCGACUCCACCAUGAUGCAGCUUGGGCUGAUGGUGGACAGGGGCAACGCCUCGCAGCAGAGCGUGUCUACACUGACCUCCGUGGUGCUCCACAUGAACACCAGCCAGCAGAAAGGACGACGCCAGGUCGAGGCGGCUGACCACAUGGUGAAGGGGACAUUUUGGAGCCAGGUGGGGCAGGACAUCGAUGGCGAAGCUGCAGGCGAUCACAGUGGCUGGUCGGUGUCGCUGAGCAGCGACGGCAGCCGCGUGGCCAUUGGAGCACCUUCUAAAGACGGUGCCGGGACAUGGACUGGUCACGUUCGCGUCUUCGAGCUCUCGGGCAAUACUUGGAGCCAGGUGGGGCAGGACAUCGAUGGCGAAGCUUCAUACGAUCACAGUGGCUAUUCGGUGUCGCUGAGCAGCGACGGCAGCCGCGUGGCCAUUGGAGCACUUUUGCUCGGCGGUGCCGGGACAGAUUCUGGUCACGUUCGCGUCUUCGAGCUCUCGGGCAACACUUGGAGCCAGGUGGGGCAGGACAUCGAUGGCGAAGCUUCAUACAAUCACGGUGGCUAUUCGGUGUCGCUGAGCAGCGACGGCAGCCGCGUGGCCAUUGGAGCACCUGAAUGGUCUGGUCACGUGCGCGUCUUCGGGACCGAGCCGGCCAGCCCAGCGGACAGCCCCACGCCGACUCCGACGGCGCCCCCGACGUCCAGUCCGACGCCAUCGCCGACUGAGGCCCCGACGAGCAGCCCGACCUCCAGUCCGACCGCGUCCCCGACGACCAGCCCGACGUCUGCACCAGCGGCACCGCCCAUCAACAGCGGCCCAAUGGUCAAGGGCAUCGGUGACCCGCAUCUCGCCAACACGCUCGGCCAGAAGUUUGACCUGCUUCAGGCUGGGUACCACACUUUGGUCCAAAUCCCCAGGUGGCAGCGGCAUCGGACUAAUUUCCUCGUGGAGGCGAGGGCGAGUCGCGCAGGGCGUGGGUGCGCUGAUCUGUAA